GAUGGCCGCAUGAUCCGGCCGAAGCGGUGCGCUCAUUUUCUGCACCGCGGGCGGUGCGCAAAGAAUUUCUCGGUUCAAGCAAGGACAUGGUAUCCGGUCGCACCGAGGCCCAAGUAGGACGGUCCAGUCUCUGCCCUCCGAGCGUCACUCUCUCCCUCUCCGCCACCUGCCGCCCACCGGCCACCGCCGCCUCGAGGUGAUGCACAAUUCUUCUUCAGGGCCCCCGGCGAAGCCGAGGGUGGGAUCAUCUCAGCCCUCUGAAGCUUCUUUUAAGCGCAAGCGUGGGGUCUUUCAGAAAGAUUUGCAACACAUGAUGUAUGGAUUUGGGGAUGAUCCCAAUCCACUUCCGGAAACAGUUGCACUGGUGGAGGACAUCGUUGUGGAGUAUAUCACUGAUUUGGUGCAUAAAGCUCAAGAUAAAGGAUCAAAGAGGGGAAAGCUCUUGACUGAGGAUUUUUUAUAUCUAAUUCGUAAGGAUUUGCCAAAGCUCCACCGAUGUACUGAAUUAUUGUCAAUGAAUGAAGAGCUUAAGCAGGCAAGGAAAGCUUUUGAUGUAAGUGAAGAGAAUCUGGCAACUGCUGAUUGAAGUUGAUGGCUUCGCUGGCGAUCUUGUCCCAGGAUUGUAUUCAGCUGUAUCAUUCAGCUAUCUUGGCCACAAUAGCAAGUAGCCUCUUGAGUUAUGAUGGGACGCUUCAAUUGCUGAGCCUUUAUUGUUCUUCAUGUCCUCCCCCUUGUAAAAUAGACGGCUGAUAUUUUGGUCAUUUACAUUAUUUUUUGUGUGAUAAACAGGAUCAUCAUCCUUUGCUAAACGCAGGAUUCUACUUAUCUUGAAAUUCUUCUUUUAUAUAUAUAUAUAUUCAACUUUUUGGGUUUCA